AUGGCCAUGCAGGAGGCACAGGAGAUGCUCGCAGGCGGUACCCAUAUAGCGGAGAUGCUCGAGAUUCUCGGCCGUUUGCGACCAGCCGUUGACAACGAUCCCCUACGUGCGGAGACCUUGCUUGAAGGCCUGGAGGAAGUGUCUCACGACCUUGUCAAGCGGUACGAGAAACUCCGCGGUGGACUGGACGACGACAACGAGGGUUGCGCCAUCUGUCGCGAUGAGUUCGUAGACGAUGUCGCCGCGGAUCCGCUAGAGCCUGCAAAGCUCUCAGACGCUGUUCUUACCAGUGUCCUGUUCGAAGCACUUCCAUUCCACCCGCCACCGUGUACCAUACUCGCAUUCCCUUGUCUUGGCCGGCAUCUGUUCCAUAGUAAUUGCCUUGCACCCUGGCUGGCGCGCAAGACGACGUGUCCCUCGUGUCGGUUCGACAUUGAUCCGGACUCCCUCACACUGCGGACAGUGACCGCCUCAUCGCAAUUGAUCGACGAACAGUUCGACACGCGGAAGCUAUGGGAGCCUCCGCGGGUCAGCAGUUUUGCAACUUGGAUAGAACAGGCGGAGCUGGCUCGCGAGAGAGAGGCCAAGGGUAUUCCCAUAGUGAAGGCAGUUCCUGUUGACCGCGAGGUUGAUGAUUGCCCAGCUGAUGACGAGCGGGAAGACAUGUUCCACCCCCCCUUAGCUGUGCCAAAUCAGCAUAACGCUGACGCUAUCAGGCAUUCGGGGGAUGUCUCUUCGGGGCGCCAACCCCCUUCAACACCGUCAGCUCCCACGACAGACGCUGCAACAUUCCCUGGGUUCCUCCCGUCUAUUCGCCAGGGUCGUAUGGAACACAUAAUGGCAAUGCUGGGCGUAGAAACACCGUCUAGUCGAACAGCGAUGGACCUGCACGACUCAAUGCUGGAAGACGUGAUGCGCGCUCUGCGCAUGGGGCGUGCGAGUGUGGCCGGCAUGCGUCCGCCGCAAGCUCGUCCUCAAGAGGAUCCGCGGACGGACGACUUGCUUUCUCAAGCUCCCGUCGAUAUCGACUGA